AUGACGGCUGUAGCUCCUUUGGAGAUUCGGAUCUUUUCCAAACUUGUGAAUAAGGCAAAAGUUGUGGAGGAGUGUGCGAAGAAAGUGGCAUCAUCAAGAGAUACUCGCAGAGGAAAUAAAAAUCAGGGGAAUGGAAAAUACUUUCAACUAAGAGCUCAAAACUUCAAGAGAGGAGGGCAUGUACCUCAAGGUCAAGGGGACUUUAGGAGGAACAACUACGAUCAGUACCAGCAUGUCAUAGGGAGAGGUGGAUGCUUUACCUGUGGAUUGCCUGGACACAUGGCGAAGAAUUGCCCUCGUAAGAGGACUCUGAAUGUGGGCCAGAACCAGCAAGGUCGGGUGUUUGCUGUGAAUGCCCAGGAUGCUGCAAAGUCGGAUCCGUUGAUGAGAGAUAACUGUUUAUUUGGUGAGAAAACAUUGGUUGUAAUAUAUGAUACUGGAGCCUCGCAUUCGUUUAUUGCAUUAGAUAAAAUUGAGGAACUAGGAUUGAAAGUGUCAGAAUUAGCAUUUAAUUUGCAUGUGCAUACUCCGUAUCAAAUGGUUAUGACUAAGUUAGGCUGUAGGCAAGUAUCCUUCAAGCUUGUGGAUAGAGAAUUUAUUCAUGACUUAAUAUAUUUGCCAAUGGUUGGGUUGGAGUUGAUUUUGGGGUUUGAUUGGUUAUCAAAUAAUUGGGUAUUGUUGGAUUUCUUUGAGCGAUCAAUUUGGUUUAUGCAGGAAGGAGAAGGAGGAGUAGUGAUAGUAGAGGGUUAUUACCUAAACUCUGUUUUGGUAAAUUAUAGUGGGGAAGAAUGUCAGGGGUAUAUAUUGUUGGCUGCGAAUAAGUUAGGUGAUGAGCAGAGGUUAGAUCAAAUUUCAGUAGUUAAAGACUUUUCUGAAGUAUUUCCUGAAGAUAUUCCUGAAUUUUUACCUCAAAGCGAGAUUGAGUUUGCUAUUGACUUGGUACGGAGAGCCGGACCAGUCUCAAUUGCGCCGUACCGAAUGGCUCCGAUAGAGCUGGCUGAACUUAAGACUUAG